AACCUGUUGAGUGUCAGAGCGACGCGUCGAAGGCUGGGCGUGGGCGCGCGCGCUGGAGAAAGGACGCCGCUUCAGAGAGUCACGCAGAGACAUCCGCAGCUCAAUUUCAACGACUUUCACGAUCUGAACAGAAUCAGGCCUGAAGAUGUCAAAGAUCCUCACUUUGGCGUUUUUGGCUCUUUUGUCCCUGGUGUCUGUCCACGCAGAGGCCACGAACGACAACGGAGAAGAAGCGUUUACAUUUGACUACCACAGGCUGCGGGUUGGAGGCCUCAUCUUGGCUGCUGUCCUCUGUCUCAUUGGCAUCACUAUUCUGUUCAGUGGCCACUGCAGGUGCAAGUUCAACCAGAACAAGAGACGGAGGACAGGAAGCAACGCUCAGCAGAUGCUCAACGACCAAGUUCGUGCCUGCGACUGCUAAACACACCGACUUCUCAAACGUCCGACCAACAGAAACCACAGAGCAGCGGCGGCGAGAUUUAUAAGACCAAGCACAGGCUUCUGCUGUUAUUUAGAGAAAUCCACAGAGAGCAGUCGGCAUGCACCGGAUAUUAGAUGUGAGGCCUUCUGCCUGGCAACUGAACUACUGACCUGCACCCUGUUACACUCAGACAUAUUGUGCAUAAAACUGUGCCGCUUUCAUUUCACUCAGCUGAACUCUUGUGUAUUUGAGAACCUGAUGGGCUGGGAUGGACUGAGAGACCCCAAAAGUUUGUGUAAUCUUCCAAAAAUACAGGAAACAUUUCACAAUUCGGCUUGUGUCGGCUGAAAUGAAAUGAAAGUGGCAUCGAUGAUAAUGCAAACAUACCACCAAAAAUGAUCGUAAAGCUCCACAUAUACUCCAGGCUGUGUCUGUCGUCACUUCUGUCAUGUAUUGUGUAUGUGUGAGGUGAACACUGAUGUAGAUAUUAGUCACCAACCUAACCUGCAGUCUGUGUUUUGUGUCAAAUCCGUGAAGUGAGUGUUGUUCUUUCCCCAAGUUUCAUUUUGUGGGGGAGAGUAGUGGAUUGUACUGUUAAAUGAGUCCUGUUUCUAUAAAAUAACAGUUAAAACACA